AUUACUAAUCUUGCCAAUAGAUGGUUACUGUAUGGUUACUUUGCAAAGUAAACAAUUUGAAUAGGUUGCAAGUAAAAUCUGAAAUUAUUUUUAUUGUUUAUUAGUUUAUUAGAAGUUGUGAUGAAAAAUGGAAAAUGCCGAAUUAGAACGAAUAAAAAUAAAACUCCUUAAAGAAACAUCUGCUUUGGAAAAAGAACUCAAAGAGCAAGAAAGCAUUGGACAUCAACAAUUAUCUUCUUUGGCCGAAAAUGCAAAAGAAGACUAUAUGAAUAAAUCUUCAUUGGAAGAAAAUAAUAAAUUGUGUGAUUUUUCACAUCACCUAACUGGAAUAAUGUUUAAAGAUGCGAAAAAAGAUUGGAUUGAUGAUAAAAUUUAUAAGUAUACAGCUAAUGUAGUAACCAAAGCUAUUAGCUUUUAUUUAGAAUUAACCAUGGAUUUGAAAGAUGAUCCUGAUUUCGAAGUAAUUGAUAUAACUUGUCACUUUAUGGAUGUUCCACCUUGUUUUAUGUUAGAAAUGACACCGUGGGUUCAAUUUCUUGCUAAGUUAAAAAAUUUCUCCUUUUUUAUGUCUGCAAUCUCUGAUUAUAGUCAAUAUAAUGUUUUGCGCAACAAAAUUGUAAAUUCUUUACAUACUAAUAAUUAUAUAAAUUUUUAUAAUCAUGAAGAAGGAAAUGGUGGAAUUUUAUUAGAUCUAAAAUCACCGAAAAACCCAGACCAGAUAUAUCUAAAAUAUCAAUGGUCAUUGAAAUUUUUUGAAAAAACCUGUCAUAUAGAGCAUUAUUUUACAAUAAAUGCUACGGAAUUUGGCAUGGAAUUUGUUGAAGCAAAUACUUCAUUACUUAAGCAAUUUUGCAAGUUGAAUCUCAAGAAGAAAGAUCUAAUUGAACUAUGGGCACAAUUAUGUACUGCUAUUGACAUUUAUGAAGAUAAAAAUAUAUGAAAUAUUCAAUGUUUAAAUAUAUAUAUAUGUAUAUACACACAAUUCACCAUUUAUACGAUAAAUUUGUUCCUGAAAAAUCCAUAUGAAUGAAAACCGUAAAAAGAAUACAAUGCAUAUAGAAAAAUAGAAGAAUAAUUCCAGUGUGAAAACCCUAUGCAAAUAAUAAAUUAUUUUCAAACAAAAAA